CAGCGCGAUUCCUAAGACAGAAGCCCACCUCCAGGAUGCCGAUGAAAAAAUCCAAGAUUCCUGAGAUCCUCAAGUUCCUAUACUCCAGUUGAAGGCUCGCUUCCUCUCCUUGAUGAGGGUCUUCAUUCUGCUCUCCUUGGCUCUCUUCUCAGAAGCCAUGGUCAUGGAUGAAAAGGUGAAGACAGGCUUUGUGCUGGAUACAGCGUCUGUGGUCUGUAACUAUGAUGCCUACUACAAAGACCACCCCAAAUACUGGUGCCAAGGCUAUUUCCGGGACUACUGCAACAUCAUUGCCUUCACCCCCAACAGCACCAACCAUGUGGUCCUGAGGGACACAGGAAGUCAACUCAUUGUCACUGUGUCCUGCCUGGUCAAGGAAGACACGGGUUGGUACUGGUGUGGCAUUCAGCGAGACUUUGCCAGGGAUGACAUGGAUUUUACACAGCUGAUUGUGGAUGACAACGGGGCAGGCCUAGACAGUGACUUUUCAUCUAGGAAAGACUCAUCCGGCAGCAAGAACAGCAGCUGCAGAGCUUCCAAAGUUGUCCGCAAGGCAGGUAACUCCAGAAUGUCCAUUCUGAUCAUUUGUGUACUGAUUACUGUUUUGGAGAUCAUCAUUAUAUUCAGUUAUUUGUCCAUGAGAAAGAGAAGUCAAAAGAUCAGAAGAGUGGCUUCAGAUAAAGACCUCACCAGAAGCCCCCAAACCAGCCAAGCUUCUUCUGUGAUCCCCACCCCUCUGGUCAUAAAUAAAGGGAUAGUGUUAUAAAACAAUCGCCACAACAACCGGCCCAUUUCCAGGGACUGAUUCUGACCUCUCAGCCUUCCAAAGGGAUUCUUUAACCUUGCCAGCAUCGUAUGUAAUCAGAAGAGCUACGACCAACCACUCUGAGCAAGGCUGCCAUCAAGCAACAUCUCCAGACCUUAGCUCUCAUGCACUUGAUUGGCUGAAAGUGAGGAAG